UUAUUAUUAUUAUUUCUUUCUUUUUGAUAUAUAAAUAUCAGCUAUCAUUGCUUGUUCUAUCCUUGCCUAAAGCUCUCUACUUUCUUUGUUCUUUCUAUGCAUAGAUUGAUAAGGUUUUAGUGUAACCUGAACAAAAAUGGCAGAGGAGAAGGGUUCAAUUGCCAAAGAUAUCACUGAACUUAUUGGUAAAACACCAUUGGUGUAUCUCAACAAUGUUGUGGAUGGUUGUGUGGCGCGAAUUGCUGCCAAGCUGGAGAUGAUGGAACCUUGCUCGAGUGUCAAAGACAGGAUUGGGUAUAGUAUGAUCACAGAUGCAGAGGAGAAGGGGCUUAUCAAGGCGGGUGAGAGUGUCCUGAUUGAGCCUACGAGUGGCAAUACUGGCAUAGGGCUGGCAUUCAUGGCAGCUGCUAAGGGCUACAGAUUGAUAAUUACCAUGCCUGCUUCGAUGAGUCUAGAGAGAAGAAUGGUUCUCCUUGCUUUUGGAGCUGAGUUGGUCCUUACUGAUCCAGCCAGAGGUAUGAAGGGGGCUGUUCAGAAGGCAGAAGAGAUAUCGGCAAAGACACCUAAUUCUUAUAUUCUGCAACAAUUUGAAAAUCCUGCCAACCCAAAGGUUCACUAUGAGACAACUGGACCAGAGAUCUGGAAAGGCUCAGGUGGGAAAGUUGAUGCCUUUGUUUCUGGGAUAGGGACCGGGGGUACAAUAACUGGAGCAGGGAAGUAUCUCAAGGAGCAAAACCCUGAUAUAAAGCUUUAUGGUGUAGAACCGGUUGAAAGUGCAGUGCUGUCUGGAGGGAAACCUGGUCCACAUAAGAUCCAGGGAAUUGGUGCUGGCUUUAUACCUGGAGUUUUGAAUGUCGAUUUACUUGAUGAAACUGUUCAAAUAUCAAGUGAAGAAGCAAUUGAAACUGCAAAGCUUCUCGCCUUGAAAGAAGGACUGCUGGUAGGGAUAUCAUCUGGAGCUGCUGCAGCUGCUGCAAUUAAGAUAGCAAAGAGGCCUGAAAAUGCUGGAAAACUCAUUGUUGCGAUCUUCCCUAGUUUUGGAGAGCGUUACCUAUCCUCUGUGCUUUUUGAAUCAGUGAAGAAGGAGGCCGAGAACAUGGUUUUUGAGCCUUGAGGUGAAGAACAUGGCUUUCAGCAAAUUCUGAUUGAGGUUUUGACAAUUUCCUUUUUCAUGGUUUAUGAGCCCGACACUUGGGUUGCAAAUAAUGUGGAGGCAUUUCUGCUCCAUGCAUUUGUAUUUAACAAAGGGCUCGUGGGAUGGAUUAAGAACUUGAAUCAUAGUGUCGGGAGACCAAGUUCCAUAAUAGUGUUUUGAAUUGCUAUUCACUGUUUGUUCCUCGUUCAAAUCACUUCUGUCAUUUGAUUUGAAUGGGCACUCUUUUCAUCUUAUUACUCACGAUUGGUACUAAUAUUGAAUGAAUUGCGUCAAGAUAAUGUUUUUUCAUGCUUAA